UCAAUCAUGGCACAAUCUUGUGAGCUUUCAUUUUAUCAAUCCAAUAAACAAAGGAAUUCCUGGAGUUUCUAAACCCGCAAAACCCGUGCUCUUUAUUCUUGUUCAUGCUAGACAACUGAGCUCCCCCACCCAAUACAACCUCCACAACCUCCCACAGCCCCACCUCCUCCAACUUUGCGUGUCGCAGCUGAUUUUCCCCCACAAUCUCUUCCCACACUCCACCUUUGUCCCUCAUCAUCUCCACCAAGCUAAACCCCUCAUCAAACCCGUACUCCUCAAUCUCAAAUUCCUCCGCCAAUUGGGUCGGAGAUGUCGCAUUGGAUGUAUUCAACGGGGUGGUCAACGCUCCAAUCUGGGCGUGGACGGCGUGCGACCCCGUAGACCUUCCAGGGACCUAAGGGCGUGUCAUGGAGGGGGAGGAUUUCGGCAACGCUGUUGCCCACUAGGCCGGUCACGCCAAUCACCAAUCCCACGCUUUUGAAGCUUCUUGGCGCUUCAUGAUCAUCAUACUCAUGCUUUUUCUGCAAAAGAAAUUAAUGUUAAUCGCAGUUAAUAAGAUUUUAAAAAGAAGAAGUAAUUAAGUGGGUAAAAGGUUUUGCCUUGGCAGCGCCAAUAGCUCCAGCCCACCACCAGCUCAUUUUGGAGUGGAGGCUUUGCUCUUCUGUUUCAAGUUUAAAAAUUUACAGCAGCAGCCGCCAGCGUCACCCAUGACAUGUGUUUGCUUGAUGGAAUAUAAAAUGGGAUUAAUUUGGUUGGAUCCUUUGUCAUAUGAUAUCUUUGCCUGAAAAAAUAGUUCUAGUUAAAUAACACGUUAUGCGAAUCAUGCAAAUCUACAAUAUUUAUUAAAUAAUCAUGCAAUUGCAUUCUUUACUAGUUUAGGGUUUGCAGGCGGCUGUCCUUCAAAUCUGUAAUAAUAUCAAGUUUUCUUUGAGUGGUGGCCCAAGCCUAGCAAUGGGCCUAGUUGGGAGACACUGGACGGCUUGCCCAUGGGCCACGGCUAUUUCCCAAGUUCAGAUAAAGAUGAGGGGAGAGAGACUUUUUAGUUUUUACCCAAAAACAAAAAGAAAGAAAAAAAAUAAAGAAGAAGAAGGGAGAUUGAACUGAAGAGCACACAGCACUCCAGUCGUUGUAGGUAGCUGCAAUGGUGCUUACCAACUUCAAUGGAGCUGGCGUUGGAUUUGGAUUCGGUGUUGGCUGCGGGUUUGGCGUUGGAUGGGGUUUCGGAGGCACACCGUUGAAUUUCUUGGGUCUUGGUGUAGGUGGAGGUUGUGGGGUUGGUCUAGGUCUUGGAUGGGGAUUUGGCACCGCCUUUGGUAGUCAGUAUCAUUCAUCUGGGGUCACAUUCCAGGGCGUAGACUUCGGCAAGAAGGAUCAUGAUGGUUUUGCUUUACAGAAAAACCACCAGGACAGCCGUGCUUCACGGUAGCUUUCAGUUUCAGCACAAUGUGGUCCAAGAGAAUAAACUUGUGUGUAUUUAAAGCAUUUCGGAUGUAUGCAGUGUAGAGAAAGGUGGAGAUUGUUUUGAUGUAUGUAGUCCGUCCUUCAUUCGAGUUUCUAGAAUAUAUUUCGAGAGAAUUUGUACAACCAUUGAGGAUCGAAAUGAAAAUUUAUUUACCGUUUAAAAUACAUAGGCAGAAUAUUUCUGCUACCUUCCACAA